AUGCAGAAUGCUGUGCGCAUCGGUAUUGGCAAGGGUACUCCUCGGAGAAAGGUCAAGAAGGUUCAUAAGAGCUCGGGUACCGACGACAAGAAGCUGCAAACAACCUUGAAGAAGAUGAACGUUCAGCCCAUCCCCGGAAUUGAGGAGGUCAACAUGUUCAAGUCUGACGGCAACGUCAUUCACUUCUCUGCACCCAAGGUUCACGCCGCUGUUCCAUCAAACACCUUCGCCAUCUACGGUAACGGUGAAGACAAAGAGCUCACCGAGCUUGUGCCCGGUAUCCUCAACCAGCUCGGUCCCGACUCGCUAGCAUCACUCCGAAAGCUCGCCGAGAGCUACCAGAGCCUCCAGAAGGGCGCCGAGGGCGACGACAAGAAGGAUGACGACGAGGACGACAUCCCGGACCUCGUCGAGGGCGAGAACUUCGAGACCAAGGCCGAUGUCGAGUAA